AUGGGUUCAGAAUCGGAAGGGGUCCAAUCGCCAAUUGUGACCCUGCCGCAAGGAAAGCUGAAGGGUACCGUGCAAACAGAUGGAUUGCCCCAGCCGGUCGAAUGUUUCUUGGGUUGCCCAUACGCGCAGCCUCCAGUGGGAGACCUCCGCUUUCGACCCCCUACUGCCCUCGAGCCCUCGAUCGAGACCUUUGACGCUUCGAAUUAUGGAAAGGCCGCUCCGGGAAACCCUUUGAUUCCUCCUCGCAUCCCUCUCGUCUACGGCGAGGACUGCCUGACGGUCAACAUCUUUAGACCAAGGCUGAAGCACGCUGACCGCACUCUGUUACCAGUGCUCGUCUACGUCCAUGGAGGGGCGUUCAACCGGGGUAACUCGUCCAUGCAGAACACCGCAUCCAUGGUGGCAUGGUCGGAGCAGCCUUUCGUGGCCGUGUCUUUCAACUACCGCGUGGGGGCACUUGGGUUUCUCCCAUCUAGGAGAUCUGCGGAAGAAGGUAUUCUGAACUUGGGGUUCCAGGACCAAAGGUUCCUGCUCCAUUGGGUUCAGGACAACAUUCACGCAUUUGGUGGGGACAAGAAUAAUGUCACUCUGAUGGGACUGUCUGCCGGCGCAAUUGCUAUUGGACACCUCAUUCUUCACUACAGCGAUGAUAACCCCGGUCCCUUCCACCGAGCAAUCAUCCAGUCUGGAUCUGCCACGACGAGGGACUGUCGACGUUACGACGCCGACGCGAUAGAACGAUACUUUCAAGACUUUCUCGCCGCGACGGGCUGCCGACAAGAUCUUCCCGCGGCCGACACGUUCGAGUUCCUCCGCAAGCUGCCCCUCUCGGUAAUUUCUGCGGCCCAAGAUACCGUCUUCGACAAGUACAAGGCUACGAUGCAAUGGGCCUUCCGGCCCGUCAUUGACGGCGAUAUCAUUCGCCAGGCCCCGACCGAGAGCUGGCGCCAGCGAAAGUACUACAAGAUUCCCAUCUUGACCGGGUUCUGUUCGCACGAGGGAUCGUUGUAUGUGGACAAGACUCUGUCCAACCCCGAGCAGUUCACACAGUUCAUGCGCGUGCUGCUUCCCAGUCUGCCUGACGAGGAUAUUGCCCAACUGGAUGCGCUCUAUCCGGAUCCAUCGACCGGCGAUCCCACGUACCAGGAUGAGCGUGUCAGCACUGUCGGUAUCGGGCCGCAGUUCAUGCGCACAGAGGCGGCGUAUGGCCAAUUUGCUCUCAUCGCCCCGGUUCGCCAGACUGCACACUACGCCUCGUCCCUGCCGGGCGCACCGCCCGUGUACCUCUACCACUGGGACGUGUGGACGACGCUGCUCAACGGUGCCGCGCACGCGGACAACCUGAAAUACGAGACAUACGACCGGGAAACCACGUCACUCUCCGAGGCGCAAAAGGAGGUCUCGGGCAUGUUCCACGCCUACCUGACGAGCUUCAUCUGCAAUGACGGCGACCCAAACAAGUUGCGCGGCAGAUACAAGCAUCGACCAGAGUGGAGGCCCUACACCCCCGAUCAACCGCUCACCAUGGUUCUGGGAAAGGGAAAUAGAGAAUUAGUCGGCGGCGACGGGGGUAUACCGGCCGAGCUGGUCCACGAGACUUGUUAUGAUGAACAGUGUAAAUUUUGGUGGGAAAGGACGCCCAUCACGCAGCAGUAG